AUGGAGUCUGGUGACGCGGCGCGCCCUGGCUCGGGUCGGGCUACCGGGGCGCCGCCGCCGCGGCUGCUGCUGCUGCCGCUGCUGCCGCUGCUGCUGGGUCGGGGGCUGCGAGUCGCGGCCGCGGCCUCGGCCUCCUCCUCUGGGGCGGCGGCUGAGGACAGCAGCGCCAUGGAGGAGCUAGCUACUGAGAAGGAGGCGGAGGAGAGCCACCGGCAAGACAGCGUUAGCCUGCUCACCUUCAUCCUGCUGCUCACGCUCACCAUCCUCACCAUCUGGCUCUUCAAGCACCGCCGGGUGCGCUUUCUGCACGAGACCGGGCUGGCCAUGAUCUAUGGGCUCAUUGUUGGGGUGAUCCUGAGGUAUGGUACCCCUGCUACCAGUGGCCGUGACAAAUCACUCAGCUGCACUCAGGAAGACAGGGCCUUCAGUACCUUAUUAGUGAAUGUCAGCGGAAAGUUCUUCGAAUACACUCUGAAAGGAGAAAUCAGCCCUGGCAAGAUCAACAGCGUAGAGCAGAAUGAUAUGCUACGGAAGGUAACAUUCGAUCCAGAAGUAUUUUUCAACAUUCUUCUGCCUCCAAUUAUUUUUCAUGCUGGAUACAGCUUAAAGAAGAGACACUUUUUCAGAAAUCUCGGGUCUAUACUGGCCUAUGCCUUCUUGGGGACUGCUGUUUCAUGCUUCAUUAUUGGAAAUCUCAUGUAUGGUGUGGUGAAGCUCAUGAAGAUUAUGGGACAGCUCUCUGAUAAAUUUUACUACACAGACUGUCUCUUUUUUGGAGCAAUCAUCUCUGCCACUGACCCAGUGACUGUGCUGGCAAUAUUUAAUGAAUUGCAUGCAGACGUGGAUCUUUACGCACUUCUUUUUGGAGAGAGUGUCCUAAAUGAUGCUGUUGCCAUUGUACUGUCCUCGUCUAUUGUUGCCUACCAGCCAGCAGGACUGAACACUCACGCCUUUGAUGCUGCUGCCUUUUUUAAGUCAGUUGGCAUUUUUCUAGGUAUAUUUAGUGGCUCUUUUACUAUGGGAGCUGUGACUGGUGUUGUGACUGCUCUAGUGACUAAGUUUACCAAACUACACUGCUUCCCCCUGCUGGAGACAGCGCUCUUCUUCCUCAUGUCCUGGAGCACGUUUCUCUUGGCAGAAGCCUGCGGAUUUACAGGUGUUGUAGCUGUCCUUUUCUGUGGAAUCACACAAGCUCAUUACACCUACAACAAUCUGUCGGUGGAAUCAAGAAGUCGAACCAAGCAGCUCUUUGAGGUGUUACAUUUCCUGGCAGAGAACUUCAUCUUCUCCUACAUGGGCCUGGCACUGUUUACCUUCCAGAAGCACGUUUUCAGCCCCAUUUUCAUCAUUGGCGCUUUUGUUGCCAUCUUCCUGGGCAGAGCCGCGCACAUCUACCCGCUUUCCUUUUUCCUCAACUUGGGCAGAAGGCAUAAGAUUGGCUGGAAUUUUCAACACAUGAUGAUGUUUUCAGGCCUCAGGGGAGCAAUGGCAUUUGCGUUGGCCAUCCGUGACACGGCAUCCUAUGCUCGCCAGAUGAUGUUCACGACCACCCUUCUCAUCGUGUUCUUCACCGUCUGGAUCAUUGGAGGAGGCACAACACCCAUGUUGUCAUGGCUUAACAUCAGAGUUGGCGUUGAGGAGCCCUCCGAAGAGGACCAGAACGAACACCACUGGCAGUACUUCAGAGUUGGUGUUGACCCCGAUCAAGACCCACCACCCAACAACGACAGCUUUCAAGUCUUACAAGGGGACGGCCCAGAUUCUGCCAGAGGAAACCGGACAAAACAGGAGAGCGCAUGGAUAUUCAGGCUGUGGUACAGCUUUGAUCACAAUUACCUGAAGCCCAUCCUCACACACAGCGGCCCCCCACUAACCACCACGCUCCCUGCCUGGUGUGGCUUGCUAGCUCGAUGUCUGACCAGUCCCCAGGUGUAUGAUAACCAAGAGCCACUGAGAGAGGAAGACUCCGAUUUCAUCCUGACUGAAGGCGACCUGACAUUGACGUACGGGGACAGCACAGUGACUGCAAAUGGCUCCUCAAGUUCGCACACCGCCUCCACGAGUCUGGAGGGCAGCCGGAGAACGAAGAGCAGCUCUGAGGAAGUGCUGGAGCGAGACCUGGGAAUGGGAGACCAGAAGGUUUCGAGCCGGGGCACCCGCCUAGUGUUUCCUCUGGAAGAUAAUGCUUGACUUUUCCCCCAGACCCUGACACGAUGGGUUUGUGGAGAAUAACCCUGACCUUACCAGGGGUCCUGGGAAUGUGAAUCCAUUCAUCAAGUGGUUCCGCAUCUAGAAGCAUUUUGCCUAUGCCGUGUGGAGAAAAGUAGAGUGCCACAAAGCCCAGGCAUCAUUCAACACGAGGCCAACUAUCUGCUGCCAGUCUGGCAUAAGAUCAGAUUGAAACUGCUAAGUAAUGGUACAUCCAACUAAACAAAGUUCUUCCAAGAGAGUAAACCCAAGUCAUCUUAUGCAUGUAUUUGUUCUGGGUUGGCGGGGAUGACAGUUCAGCAGAGUCCGAUGUUCUAGAGCAGAGGUUCUCAACCCUGGCUGUAAAUUAGGAUCAUCUGGCCAGUUUUUGUUUUUAAAUCAGUGCAAGGGCCCUCCCCUCAGAGAUUUGGAUUCAGUAGCUUCAGGUGGGACCUGGAAUCCAUGCUUCGUUUGGAACCUCAGGAGUGGAGUGUCCUUGAUGUGCAGCCAGGAUUGACAAGAGCCUUUAGUCUAGGGCUCGCAGCAGACCCUAUUUGGAAUCUGGUUUUAAAGAAUGGUCUAGCAGAU